AUGAGAGUCUUUAUAAUAAACAACAAUUUAACCUUCGUAAUCUUUCUUCUUCUUUUUUCUCCGCCUGCUAAUUCUGUUAACUUCACAAUACCUCGCUUCAAUAAUGAGGCAUCUAAUAUACAGUAUCAGGGUGAUGCAGCGCCUUCUGUUGGUGCUGUUGAGUUAAUUAGCCAGCUUGCUUAUCUAUGUAGAGUGGGUUGGGUCACCUAUGGUGAAAGCGUCCCGCUAUGGGACUCGACUACAGGAAAGCUUUCUGAUUUCUCUACUCAUUUUUCCUUCAUUAUUGACACUCAAGGUCGCUCCACUUAUGGUCAUGGCAUUGUAUUCUUUCUUGCUCCUGUUGGAUUUCAAAUCCCUCCAAAUUCUGCUGGUGGAUUCUUAGGCUUAUUUAACACUUCAACAAGUGAUUCUUCUAAAAAUCAAAUUGUUACUGUGGAAUUCGAUUCGUUUUCGAAUGAAGAAUGGGAUCCUCCAGUUGGGCAUGUUGGUAUCAAUAACAAUUCUAUUGCUUCAGCUGUUUAUACUCCUUGGAAUGCUAGUUUUCAUAGCGGAGAUAUUGCUGAUGCUUGGAUUACUUACAAUUCCAUCACAAAAAAUUUGUCAGUAUUUUGGACUUAUAAGGAAACAUCAAAUCCUGGAGAGAACUCCAGUCUGUCUUACAUUAUUGAUUUGAUGAAAGUUUUACCUGAGCAGGUCACUAUUGGCUUCUCAGCUGCAACAGGUCAAAAUGGAGCACGACAUAGUCUUCAAUCUUGGGAGUUCAGUUCGAGCUUGGUUGUAAAAGGAAAACAUGGAAACGAGUUAAAGAAAACACAAGUAAUUGUUGGUGUUUCAGCUUCAGUUUCAGGAUGUCUUCUAAUAGCAGCUGCUGUUAUUCUAGCCUUGGUGAUUUCACGGAGAAGAAAGCAGAUUAUGAAGAAGAAAAGAGCAGAGGUUGCAGGGAUAUCUUCCAUUUAUGAAGACCUUGAAAGAGGAGCAGGACCAAGAAAGUUUUCUUAUGAAGAUCUUGUUACAGCAACCAACAACUUUUCUGGCGUUAGAAACCUAGGCGAAGGAGGGUUUGGUGCUGUUUACAAAGGGUAUCUAAAUGACAUAGAUAUGGCAAUUGCUGUGAAGAAAUUUUCAAGAGGGUCUAAACAGGGUAAGAAGGAGUACAUUACAGAAGUGAAAACAAUUAGCCAACUGAGACACAGAAAUCUGGUGCAACUUAUAGGUUGGUGUCACGAUAGAGGGGAGUUUCUACUUGUAUAUGAAUUCAUGCCAAACGGUAGUCUUGAUUCUCACCUCUUUGGCAAGAAAAGUCCCCUUUCUUGGGCUGUCAGGUACAAGAUAUCUCUUGGAUUGGCGUCCGCAUUACUUUAUCUACAUGAAGAAUGGGAACAGUGUGUAGUGCAUCGAGACGUAAAAUCAAGCAAUGUAAUGCUAGAUUCCAGUUUCAAUGUCAAGCUUGGUGAUUUCGGGCUAGCAAGAUUAAUGGAUCAUGAGCUUGGUCCUCAGACAACAGGGUUGGCAGGAACAUUAGGCUACUUGGCUCCAGAAUACAUAAGCACAGGAAGAGCUAGUAAAGAUUCCGAUGUAUAUAGCUUUGGAGUUGUUUGUUUAGAAAUCGCUAGUGGAAGAAAGGCAAUUGAUCAGAUUGAACAAAAAUCUGGAAUUUGUCUGGUAGAAUGGAUAUGGGAUCUUUAUGGAUGUGGAAAGAUUCAUUGUGGUAUAGACAAGAGGCUUCAAAUAAAUUUUGAUGAAAAAGUAGAACGAUUGGUGAUUGUUGGAUUAUGGUGUGCCCACCCUGAUUCUAGUGCAAGGCCAUCUAUAAGACAAGCAAUUCAAGUUCUAAAUUUUGAAGCUGAGAUUCCUGAUCUUCCUGCUAAGAUGCCUGUUCCUGCUUUCUAUGCGCCUUCUCCAUCAGUUUAUUCUGGUGAACCUUCUAUUACUAAUUCAAGCAUUGCAGUGGGUCGUUAAUGUACGAUAUCAGCUUGUUUAGUGACGCACCGUUGAUCAUUAAUUUGGGUCUUAAUUGUUUGUGCUGUUGUGAUUUUAUACUAUUUUUUCUUGCAGUUAUUCAAAAUUUUAUGUUAUGUACAGGAGCAUAUGCUAUUAAUGACUUAAAUUUUCCAUUAAUUAUAUUAGUCCGAGCCCAUAAAUUACUUGUUUCAUAUACACUUGAACCGCCAUUGACUUGCAAGUGUUGAAUUGUUUCUUGCGCUCCAGUUAAGAAUUUGACAUUGGCAUAUGGCGACAAGUUUCUUCUUUGGCAUUAUGAUUUGUGACUUUUUUCUAUUUGAUUUAAAAAUUUAAGAAUAGCAAGAUAACUUUUUUUUUCUUUUAUUAUUUUAUCGUGUAUAUUCAUAGA